AUGGCUGAAGUCGCACCAGCUCCCACCGCUGCUGCCGCCACCCUGGUCAAGGCUCCUAAAAAGAAAGCAGCAAGCAAGCCCAGGAAAUUGGGCCCUAGCGUUGGAGAAUUGAUCGUUAAAGCUGUGUCCGCCUCCAAAGAGAGGAUCGGAGUGUCCCUCGCCGCCCUGAAGAAAGCUCUGGCGGCCGGCGGAUACGAUGGAUCGAAGAAAGCCGUCACUAAGAUGGCCGGGAAGAGUGGCAAGAAGCGAAGAAAGUCGAGGAAGGAGAGUUAUGCCAUCUACGUGUACAAGGUGUUGAAACAAGUGCACCCUGACACGGGUAUCUCUUCAAAAGCCAUGGGUAUCAUGAAUUCGUUCGUUAACGAUAUCUUCGAGCGCAUCGCCGGUGAGUCGUCUCGUUUGGCUCACUACAACAAGCGCUCCACCAUCACCUCCAGAGAAAUCCAGAGCCCGGAGAGCUGGCCAAACACGCCAAAUUCGAACGACAAAAUCAUGGCUGAAGUCACACCAGCUCCCGCCGCUGCUGCCGCCGCUCCGGCCAAGGCCCCUAAAAAGAAAGCAGCAAGCAAGCCAAGGAAAUCGGGCCCCAGCGUUGGAGAAUUGAUCGUCAAGGCCGUGUCCGCCUCCAAAGAGAGGAGCGGAGUGUCCCUCGCUGCCCUGAAGAAAGCUCUGGCGGCCGGCGGAUACGAUGUGGAGAAGAACAACUCCCGUGUCAAGCUGGCGCUCAGGAGCCUGGUAACCAAGGGCACCCUGCUGCAGACUAAAGGAACCGGUGCAUCUGGCUCUUUCAAGCUCAACAAAAAGCAAGCCGAGGCUGCGAAAAAGAAGCCCGUUAAGAAAGUAGCUCCGAAAGCGAAGAAGCCGGCCGCCAAGAAACCCGCUGCUGCCAAGAAGCCAAAGAAGGCAGCGGCAAAGAAGCCUGCCGCGGCCAAGAAGUCGCCGAAGAAGGCGAAAAAGCCCGCUGCACCCAAGAAGGCCACGAAGAGCCCCAAGAAAGCCAAGAAGCCGGCUGCAGCCAAGAAGGCGACCAAGAGUCCCAAGAAAGCCAAGGCAGCCAAGCCCAAGGUGGCCAAACCCAAGACCACCAAAGCCAAGAAAGCGGCUCCCAAGAAAAAGUGA